AUGUGCAGAAGGAUUCACCGAGCUGCAUUCGGCCAUCAAGCUCCCCGCCGCAGUUCUGCCACGGCGGCGGCGGAAUCACCUGUUCUCCCAACCACGAUAAGGGUCAUCAACAUCCAAUCCAAACCACCACCGCAGCCACAACAUAACAGAGCUGCUGCUGCUGUAUCAUUCGAGCAACCCAACGGCCACCAGAGGUCAGGGAUCGACAUCGAGGACAGGUUCAGCGAUUACAUCGGUCGCGUCAGGAAGAGGCUCAGGACGCUGUCCACCGCCGGCUAUGAGAAGCGCAAUUCAGGGGUUGGGAGAGACAGCAAGUUCUCUGACUAUAUCAGUCAUGUAAAGAACAAGUUCAGCCGUACCUCGACUACUUCAGCUGCUGCUGCUACUGCCAAACCCAGGUCAUGGAUCAAGUGA